GAUCCCCUCAAUCUUUCUUAAUCUUUUUCUCCUCUCAAAACUACUCCUUACCAUUACAACACACUCAUUCAACAAGACAGGCAAAUUAUGGCUUCUACUUGUCCAGUUUCCAUGGCAAUGCCACUGACUUACACAAGUCAGAAGAGACAACCAAGUGUUGAAGCUUUCUUGAAGCCAUUGCCAGUAAGACCCUCAAAGACUACUGCAGCAUCAAAGCCAGUAGCAAAAAUUCAAGUGAAGGCUUCACUUAAGGAGAAAGCUUUGACAGGAUUGACAGCAGCUGCACUGACUGCUUCCAUGGUCAUGCCCGACGUAGCCGAAGCAGCUGAUGGUGUUUCACCAUCCCUCAAGAACUUCUUGCUCAGCAUUUCUGCAGGUGGAGUUGUGCUUGCUGCAAUUCUUGGCGCAAUAAUUGGUGUUUCCAAUUUUGACCCUGUCAAGCGGACUUAAGAAGCAUAAUUCUCAUAUAUCUCUACUCUCUUCUUGUAUCUAUCUCAUGUUUCCAGUCAAGAUCAAUAAAAUGUUUAACCAAUCAA